AUGCUGCGCCGCGUUAUUGUGGGAGGUGUUUGCCGCCGCGCAUCUCCGUCCAUUGCGGGGAGGAUGGUGGCCGCUCGCUACGCCGCCACCAUACCGACCUCUACUGUGGCAUCAACAACCAUGUCGUCCUCGCCAACAAGCAGGGACGACGCCUCCACAAGAGCGGUGGUGAGUGAGGUACCAAAUCUAAGUUUUCUUGCCUCCAAGACGGUGCUGGCGGAGACGGUAGAACAAACCAUUGAGGUGUGCGAGGCACUGCUGAAUGAAAUUCCCAAAGUGAAGGGCGCGAAGGAGAAGCAUGAUCUCAUUGACUCGACAAGCAACGUGCUCUGUUUGCUUCUGGACCCAUGCGAGUUUGUGCGGCAAAUCCACCCCGACGAGGAAUACAAGAAGCAUGCAGCAUAUGCCUUUCAGAAGGGGUAUGAAUACAUGAGCAAGGUGAAUUCCCGCCGAGACCUCUACGAUGUGAUCGUUGAGUUGGACAGUCCGGAGGGAAGAAAGCAGCUUGAUGAUGAGGAAAUCAAAAACGUUGUGCAGCUAAAACGUGACAUGGAAAGCAAUGGCAUUCACUUGUCUGAUGCCCUUAGGGAGAAGGUAACGGAAAUGAAUAUUGAGAAGGAGGAUUUGGCUAUGCGUUUUUUGACAGAGCAGGGGGCAAAGAAUCCUUUUGCCACACUUCGCUACCUUCUCCGUUGUCGCUAUGAACUUGCAAAACUUCUUGGUUUUGAGAGCUACGCGGAGCAACAAUUGCGGGGAACAAUGCUGGGAAAUCAACAAAGUGUCUGGCACUUUCUCUGUGGGAUUGCCCACAAGUAUCGUUCGGCCGCAGAGAAGGAAUUGAACCUCAUUCGACAGAAUGUGGGUGAGGUACGCAAUCGACAGAAUAUUACGGACGAUACUCGGGCCCGCGUCGCACAUUCGCUCCGUCGAGACGCCGAGCCUGCGAAGGCCGAAGAAUACUUUUCCGUUGCCAAUUGCAUACGGGGAAUUCAGUGCCUGUGCUCGGAGGUCUUUGGCCUACGACUGGAGGAAGUGCCGUUUGAGAGGGAGGAAGUGUUUAACCCGGACGCCAAGAAGUUUUACGUUUACGAUGAGAACCGGGCUUUUUUGGGCAUUAUUGUUCUGGAUAUGUAUGCAAGCGAUAUGAAAUACUGCCAGGCGGGGCACCUCACUCUGCAGUUGGGCUGUAAGCCCCAUCAGGAGGCUCUCGCACGGGUAGGGCUGAAGCUCCCGGAACGGCAGUACCCAGUUGUUGUUUUGACCUGCAACGUGGGUGCCCUCACGCCGGCGCAACGGCUCCCCAAUGGAAGAUUUGAUGACGAGUCUACCCUUAUGCAUCCAAGCGAAGUAACGACGGUUUUUCACGAGUUUGGCCAUGCGAUGCACACAAUCUUUGGGCAAACAAAAGUGCAAAAUUUAGCUGGAACUCGCUCUAGUAUUGACUUUGUGGAGACCUUUUCGCAACUAUUUGAACAUUUUCUAACCUCGCAUGAAUUUUUGCGGCUGUGGGCUCAUCGCAUCAACACACGGGAACCGAUUUCUUUUGAUAUUGUGAUGAAACGCAACGCGGCUGCUGACAUGUUUAAGCAUUUAGACAUGCUGGAUCAGGUAGUGCUCUCGGCUGUUGACCAGACACUUCACGGACCUCAGCCCUACACUGUGUAUUUCCCCCACGGCCAAAACGGACACCUCGGAAAGCGCACUCUUGGCGACAGCAGCGAUUACGGCCGCGGCACAUACAACUUAGCGAAGAUUCUUAUUGAUGUAUGCACCCCUCUCUCAAUUGUAACACCGACAGAGAGUGGUGUGCUUGGCACGCUGUCAUUUGAGCAUUUGUCCGGAUAUCCUGCCGGCUACUACGGAUACCUUUACAGUCUUUCCGUUGCUCGGCGGAUUUGGUCGAAGAAGUUUGAGAAGGAUCCACUGAAUCGUGCUGCAGGGAAGGAACUGGUGCAGGAAGUCAUGCGGCACGGUGCCGCAUGCAACCCCGUAGAGGUCAUUGAGAAGUACUUGGGCGACAACCUGGACGAGAUUGACAUCUGGGCGUAA